AUGGCAGCGAUCGCCAGCACUGCGUUCCUUCUGUGCCUCUCCUUUCUGCACCUGCUGUCCGGCUGGUCCGGGGCAGGGCGGGCGGUCAAACACUGUCUUUCCUAUGACUUCAUCAUCACUCCUAAGUUCAGACCUGAACCACGAUGGUGUGAAGUUCAAGGCCUGGUGGAUGAAAGGCCUUUUCUUCACUAUGACUGUGUUAACCACAAGGCCAAAGCCUCUGCUUCUCUGGGGAAGAAAGUCAAUGUCACAAAAACCUGGGAAGAACAGACUGAAACCUUAAGAGACGUGGUGGAUUUCCUCAAAGGGCAACUGCCUGACAUUCAAGUGGAGAAUUUAAUGCCCAUUGAGCCCCUCAUUCUGCAGGCCCGGAUGUCUUGUGAGCACGAAGCCCAUGGACACGGCAGAGGAUCUUGGCAGUUCCUCUUCAAUGGACAGACGUUCCUCCUCUUUGACUCAAACAACAGAAAGUGGACAGCACUCCAUCCUGGAGCCAAGAAGGUGAAAGAGAAAUGGGAGAAGAACAGGGAUGUGACCAUCUUCUUCCAGAAGAUUUCAAUAGGGGAUUGUAAGACAUGGCUUGAAGAAUUUUUGAUGUACUGGGAACAAAUGCUGGAUCCAACAAAACCACCUUCUCUGGCCCAAGGCACAACCCACCCCAAAGCCAUGGCCACCACCCUCAUUCCCUGGAGCCUCCUUAUCAUCCUGCUCUGCUUCAUUCUAGCUGGCAGCCGAGGAGAGUUGUUUAGAGUGACAGGUGGAAGAUGAUAUCAAGAAGCCUCUGUUAGCCUGUUCUGGUUCCCGCUCUCCCUUCAGGGAGGUCGCCUGUCUACUCACCACUGUGCCUUUCUGG